AGUCAGACAUGGGAAUAUGGAAAUAAUAUGCGAACAUUAGCAGUUCAGAAAAUAAUGAAGGUAAGAAAGAUAAGAUGCAUUAGACAGACAAGGUUAUCCCUUUCUUUUCUUGAAGUGCGAUGAAGUUUGAACACUAAGCGAGGCUGCACUCUUCUCUCUCUCAUCUUCUCCUCCAUUUUUAAGGUCCCCAUCUAAUCCUCUACCUUCCAACAUUCCUUCCACAGAACAAAGACUACUCUGCUCAAAAGUUACCCCCUUUUCCUCCUCUCUUUCUCUGGGUUCCCUUUUUUUAAGUUUUUUCGCCUUUUAUUUUCUCAUCAAGACUCAAAAAGGAGAGAACAAAUGUGGCAAAAACAGCCCAGUAAAACUUCUUCCUUCCGAGAAUCUCUCAAAGCUCUUGAAGCUGAUAUACAACAUGCCAAUAGCCUGGCUGCAGCUCUUUCAGGAGAAUAUGGUGGGGAUCGUAUACAUAUGAGAUUGUCAUACAGCCCCCUUGCCCCCUUCAUCCUUUUUUUGGUUGAAUGGAUGGAUUAUAGUUGUACAGAUGCCCUCCCUAAUUAUUUAGGCCUUCUCCACGUACUUGUGUACAAGGUUUAUGCUGAUGGAAUGCCAACAUUGUCCUCUAAAGAAAGAAAGGCCACGCUAAGGGAAUUUUAUGCUAUUAUAUACCCUUCACUGAGGCUGCUUGAAGGAGAGUUUAUUGAAUUGGAAGAUAACCCCAAGAGAAGCCGAGGCGCUGAAGUUUCGAGCAGAAAGAGAGUGGAAGACAAGAGGAAGCGAUCUGAUAAAGAUUUUGAGAGAGAUGAUGAAUGUGGGAUUUGCAUGGAAGAUAGUGCAAAGAUGGUACUGCCUAAUUGUGGGCACUCCUUGUGCGUCAGCUGCUUUGGUGAUUGGAAUGCUAGAUCUCAGUCCUGCCCUUUUUGCCGUGGCAGCCUUAAUAGAGUGAACUCUAGAGAUUUAUGGGUUGUAAUUAAUAAUGGUGAUAUAAUUGACACAGUGACACUUGCAAGAGAGAACCUGAGAAGUUUCUACCUAUACAUUGAGAAACUGCCUCUUUUAAUGCCUGAGAUUCAAGCUGUUGUGUUUGAUUACAUGAUCUGACCUACAGAGAAAGAAUCUAGCAAACCAUUGGUAUGGCCAGCUGCUCAUUGUAUAUAGAGUAUAGUCUGGAAAACUUUGGUCCCAUACAUUGUGGCUGGUCGAGAAGAUUUUCCGAGUUAGCUGUAUAUAAUUAACUAAACGGAUGGAUACAUUUGGAUGAACUUCAAAAUAGUUGGUGAGGAAGUGACUUUGGAAGUUCAUGAAAUCAUCAAAGAUACUUGUGACAAAACCAAAAGAUUAAGCACCUGUAAGUAUGCGGCAAGGAUAGAUGUAAAUAAAAAAAUGAAAAGAAAAGGUAAGCUUGGCAUUC